AUGGCGUCUAAGCAUGACUCCGAGGCCACCGUGGCCGUCAAUAUUGAGGAGCUCCGCAACUCCAAAGAUGCCGUCAUUAUGCGCCUGAUGGCUCUGCAAUCCUACAUUGCGGAUCUGAGCAAGGCGUACGUGGAGCACGUGAACAACGUGAUCAAUGGCGGUCCCGCCACCAUCGACAUCCCCGCCAUGCCGACGAGUCUCUCCAGCCAUGUGGAAGCUCGGGCGGGUAGCCCUGGCCCCAAGGCCGAGGCGGAUGUGCCCAAGAAGCGCAAGCGUGCGCCCGUGGAUCCCAAUGCGCCUAAGCGGGCCCUGACGCCGUACUUCCUGUACAUGCAGCAGAACCGCCACAAGAUCGCCGAGGAUCUCGGCGGGAGUGCGAAGCCCAAGGAUGUGGCGGAUGAGGGGACGCGUCGCUGGCAGACCAUGGACCCCAAGGAGAAGGAGAUCUACAAGUCCCAGUACCUGGAGAACUACGAGGCCUACAAGCGCGACAUGGCGGCCUACAAGGCCGGCCACAAGGGAGGGGAUGAUGAUGCGGCCAACGACCAACUGCAGCAGGGCAUCGCCGCCGCCCCGGUCGAGUCCGAGUCGUCCGACUCGGACACGUCCGAUUCCGAGGAAGAGGAGGUGGUUGAGCAAUCUCCCUCCCCAGUCCCCGUCAAGCAAAAGACUCCUCCCAAGCCGGCGAGCGCCAAGCGUCGUCGCAGUGACAUCAAGGCGGUCAAGGAAGUGGCCGAGUCUCCCGCGAAGCCUGCCUCACCCGUGAAACGCGGCCGCAAGGCUGCCGAGCCCGCCUCGGUCAAGUCAACCCCGGCCGAGCCCAAGCGCCGCGCCAAGAAGCGCAAGAGCGAGCUCUAA